GUCACCGCGAAUGGCUAGGGCACACUUUCGGCCGACGUAUAAAAGCCCCCGAGGGAGGCGGAAGGGUUUUAGGGCUUUCGGGUUGUCUGCGUGACGUCGCUUCUCCGCACCGCAAUCCACGUCAAGAAAAUGAGUACCGAGGCUGUGAAUCCGAAGGCGUACCCUUUGGCCGACGCUCAGCUGACAAUAACCAUCCUGGAUCUGAUCCAACAGGCAGCCAACUAUAAACAACUCAAGAAGGGUGCCAACGAAGCAACCAAAACCCUCAACAGAGGCAUAUCCGAGUUUGUGGUGAUGGCAGCUGACACGGAGCCGCUCGAAAUCCUUCUCCAUCUCCCAUUGCUUGCUGAGGACAAGAAUGUGCCUUAUGUUUUUGUUCCUUCCAAACAAGCUCUUGGUCGAGCUUGCGGAGUUACGAGGCCUGUGAUCGCUUGUUCUGUUACCAGCAACGAAGGUAGCCAGUUGAAAUCUCAGAUUCAGCAACUCAAGGAUGCUAUAGAGAAGCUGCUGAUCUAGUUCCGGGGAAAUGACGGGCUGAUGAUAGGUGGGGGCCUAUAGGAUUUUGACUACCGUCUACGGCUAUGAUUAUGUUGCAAUUGUCUGGUUAUUUGAAAACUCUAUUUAUUGCCGGGUUUAAGAAAUGCGUGAUAUAUAGCCCUUCUUAGA